AUGAUUUGUCGGAUUUGAAACAAUUUCCCUCAGAAAAAACAUGAUUUUCAAAACUAUUGUUUUAUCCGAUCUUUGAAAUCUUGGCCAUGCCGAAAAAAUGGAUAUGGAUCUAACUGGAAAGCUAUAAAUCAGUGGCAAAUUAUGAGUGAUGCGGCCAAAAAUCGUGUCUUAGUUUUAGGAGCGCAGUUUAAUAGUGCAGAGAAAUCUGCUUCGUUUCCUUCACAAGAAAAGAAAUCGUUUUGGAAAAGAAACACGAAUAAAUUGCCCGGAAGCAUAAAAGCUGUGCAUAGCAAAAGUCAAGAUCAACCAGUAAGUCCAUCAAGCAGUGGCUCUCCUUCUCCCCCUGGGAACUCAGUAUUAAGUAACACAGACAAAAUGCGAGGAAAAACUCAGUCAUUUGAUGAUUUUUCGAGCAAGACACAUGAUGCAUGGUGUGAGGAUGAUGAUGAUGUUGAAAAGGUUGGUGAGCGUGUUGGUUCUGUGAUCAUCCAAGAACCAUCUGUGAAGAUCAUUAGAGGCGGUGAUGUUCGCUCUGGUAUCUUGUCCAGGAUUAAAAAGAAAAAUACACAAGCCAAUGAUGUGAAGCCUAAAACGACAUCAUCCAGUUCAAACAGAGAAUGUACUGUCCAAGCAAAACCCCUCCCUCUGCCACCACAUGCAGAAAUACAGUUGGAACUACAAGAACAAGAAAUGUUAAAAUUGGAAAGAUUUGGAAAAAUUUUGGCUGGUCCAAAUACAGACUUAGUAAUUCUACGGCAGUACAGUUGGUCAGGCAUACCAGCUCAGGUUCGACCCACAACAUGGCAGCUCCUCUCUGGAUAUCUCCCAGUGAAUAUAGACCGAAGACAGAGUGUACUAGAUAGAAAACGACAGGAAUAUUACAAUUUAUUAAAACAAUAUUAUAAUACAAGACAUGAAGAUAUACACCAAGACACAUUUAGACAGAUUCAUAUAGAUAUUCCAAGAACAAAUCCACUCAUUCCACUAUUUCAACAACCUGCUGUUCAAGAAACAUUUGAGAGAAUUCUUUAUAUUUGGGCAAUACGUCAUCCAGCUAGCGGCUAUGUCCAAGGAAUCAACGAUUUAGUCACCCCAUUUUUUGUUGUAUUUUUAUCAGCGUUUACAGAUGGAGAAUUGGAAACAUAUGAUGUUAGUAAACUAUCGAAAGAUGCUCUGAAUACGAUUGAAGCUGAUAGUUUUUGGUGUUUAGGAAAGUUAUUGGAUGGAAUACAGGACAAUUACACGUUCGCCCAGCCUGGAAUUCAGCACAAGAUCCACGCAUUAAAAGAUUUGAUCCAAAGAGUAGAUGCUCCGCUUCAUGAUCAUUUAGUGAAGCACAAUGUGGAAUAUUUACAAUUUUCAUUUCGUUGGAUGAACAAUCUCUUAAUGAGGGAACUUCCCUUAAGAUGUACAAUACGAUUAUGGGACACCUAUUUAUCUGAAGCUGAAGGUUUCGCCAAAUUUCAUCUGUAUGUUUGCGCCGCUUUCCUUAUGAAAUAUUCCAAACGAAUUCAAGAGGAAACGGAUUUUCAGAGUCUACUUAUCCUACUUCAAAACUUACCAACUGGAAACUGGGGUUAUAAAGACGUUGAACUGCUAGUAGCUGAAGCAUUUAAACUGAAGUGCUUUUUUGCAGAAGCACCAAAACAUCUACAGUCAAAAUGACACGAAAAAUAUUUGCAAAUUUACGGUAGUGAAAACGAUGAUAAAAUUUUGUACAUAAAAUAUCUUUCUGCGCAGAAAUAAGGUAUUGUUAGAUUGCUGUGUUUAAAACAUGAAAACGUCGGAUGAUGAUAAUUGCCAUGGAACUUUAAGCAAAUAGUUUGUUUAAAUUGACACAGACAAGUUAACAUCCGUCUGCUGUAGAUAAGGGGAUAGAAGCGGUCUUGUCAUUUUGUGCAGCUGGCUUACGAACUGGUCUACGCAGCUGUUUUAGUUGAUGAAGAAACAGAAUAAAAUUUGUUAAAGAAGUACACACUCUAUUCUACACGUUUUUAAAACGAGGCUAAUCUAUUUAAUACAGUUUUAGUGCACCACUGAAAAGACAAAUCAGUCGCGCAUCUGACAAAUAGAUAUGCAUGAAUAUGCAUCUUACAAUGAAGCUUCUAGCUACGGCCCUGUGUACUUUAGUUUAGGAUAUACUCUUCUAUGAUCCCCUAAAGAUAUAGCGUUGAGCUCAGGGCUUCAAAAUUCUUUUUACA